GACGCGGUACUGACCUCCGAAACGUAAAUGCACCGCUAUGGUCGUAUAUAAAUACUUGUACAAACCCUAAGUGUAUCAGUUGCAAGUCGAAGUCGAGCAAUACAAUUACAAUAAUGGCUGCGAAGUUCGUCGUUGUAGCUCUUUUGGUGGCGGCCGCCCAGGGCAGCGCGAUCCAUGGCGGUAACUACAACAGCUUCUCCUACGGAGUGUCUGAUCCUCAUACUGGCGAUAUCAAGAGCCAGCACGAGACCCGCGUGGGCGACAGCGUGGUCGGGCAGUACUCGCUGCUGGACUCCGACGGCACGAAGCGCACCGUCGACUACGCCGCCGACGCGCACUCCGGCUUCAACGCCAUCGUGCGCAAGGACCCCCUGAUCCACGCCGCUCCCGUCGCCAUCGCGCACGCCGCGCCCCUGGCCGUCGCUCACGCCGCUCCCCUGGCGUACGCCGCGCACGCCGCUCCCCUCGCCCACUCCGCCUACUCUACCCAGAUCGCCCACGCCGCUCCCCUGGCGCACAUCGCCCCCGUCGCCCACUCCGCCUACGCCGCUCCCAUCGCGCACGGCGCCAUCGGCUACGGUGCCCACGGUCUUGGUCUCGGUUACGCCGGUCAUGGACUCGGGCUCGGCCAUGGUCUCGGAUACGGUCAUGGACUCGCUUGCUGGUUAGUCAGGCUGCCAGAGCUCUUCUUUGGCGAGUCCAUGACCGUAUCCGAGACCAUGGCCGAGCCCGAGUCCAUGACCGGCGUAACCGAGACCAAGACCGUGGGCACCGUAGCCGAUGGCGCCGUGCGCGAUGGGAGCGGCGUAGGCGGAGUGGGCGACGGGGGCGAUGUGCGCCAGGGGAGCGGCGUGGGCGAUCUGGGUAGAGUAGGCGGAGUGGGCGAGGGGAGCGGCGUGCGCGGCGUACGCCAGGGGAGCGGCGUGAGCGACAGCCAGGGGAGCGGCGUGCGCGAUGGCGACGGGAGCGGCGUGGAUCAGGGGGUCCUUGCGCACGAUGGCGUUGAAGCCGGAAUGCGCGUCGGCGGCGUAGUCCACGGUGCGCUUCGUGCCGUCGGAGUCCAGCAGCGAGUACUGCCCGACCACGCUGUCGCCCACGCGGGUCUCGUGCUGGCUCUUGAUAUCGCCAGUAUGGGGACCGAAGUCAAUCAGUUGCAAGUCGAAGUCGAGCAAUACACACUUAUCAUAAUGGCUGCGAAGUUCGUCGUUGUAGCUCUCUUGGUGGCGGCUGCUCAGGGCAGCGCUAUCCACGGUGGAAAUUACAACAGCUUCUCCUACGGAGUGUCUGAUCCUCAUACUGGCGAUAUCAAGAGCCAGCACGAGACCCGCGUGGGCGACAGCGUGGUCGGACAGUACUCGCUCCUGGACUCCGACGGUACCAAGCGCACCGUCGACUACGCCGCCGACGCGCACUCCGGCUUCAACGCCAUCGUGCGCAAGGACCCCCUGAUCCACGCCGCUCCCGUCGCCAUCGCGCACGCCGCUCCCCUGGCGUACGCUGCCCAUGCUGCUCCCAUCGCGCACGCCGCGCCUCUGGCCAUCGCCCACGCCGCUCCCCUGGCUCACGCCGCGUACGCCGCUCCCCUGGCUCACGCCGCGUACGCCGCUCCCCUGGCGCACACCGCCUACGCCGCUCCCAUCGCUCAUGGCGCCAUCGCCUACGGCGCUCAUGGAAUCGGUCUUGGUUACGGCCAUGGACUCGGUUACGGGCAUGGACUUGGCUACGGUGCGCAUUACUGAACAAUAACACAACCCCAAACUGAAAGUAGACUGUGAUGAUUAUUAAAUAAAUAUAAAACAUUAAAAAAUUA